ACGUUCUAUAUACCGCACACCCUCAGUCCACUCGCGUUCUCGUUUAGGACUUCUGUCUAGAGGGAAAAAAAUGUCGAAAACAGUCAAGGAUCUGACGGCUGGAACGGCUGGUGGAAUUGCGCAGGUGCUCGUUGGGCAACCGUUUGACAUCGUCAAAGUGCGUAUGCAAACGGCACCGCAAGGGACGUACAAUGGCAUGCUUCACUGUGCAGGCGGAAUCUUCAAGAACGAAGGGCCUCUCGCUUUCUACAAGGGCACUCUGACCCCACUACUGGGUAUCGGUGUUUGCGUGUCCAUCCAGUUCGGCGUCCUCGAGUACACGAAACGGCUCUUCGCAAACCAGAACGUCCUGAAUGGUCGCGGAGGACCGGACGGAAAGCUUCUGACCAGUGGACAGCUCGUCACAGCAGGUGUCUUGGCUGGAAUCGGCAACGGCUUUGUUUCAGGACCCGUCGAGCACAUUCGUAUUCGGCUACAGACGCAAUCGAACACGAACCCGAUCUAUCGCGGCCCCUGGGACGCCAUUAAGAAGAUCAGUUCCGCGCAUGGUAUUGCGGGGAUUUACAAAGGCCAGAACGUCACCUUCCUCCGCGAGGCCUCGGGGUACGGUAUCUACUUCUGGGCAUAUGAGAAACUCGUACAGCGCGAGAUGGCACAAAAGGGGAUUAAAAGAGAGGAAAUUAGCGCCACUAGUGCUGUUCUAUACGGUGCUGCCGCCGGUUAUGCUCUGUGGGCCGUUAUUUACCCAAUAGACAUGAUCAAGUCGCGGAUGCAGACAGAUGGCUUCUCGCCUGCAGAAGGUCAAAAGUACAAGUCUGCCGUGGACUGUUUCCGCACUGUUAUGCGGACAGAGGGCGUCGGAGCGCUUAUGAGAGGGCUGGGCCCCACGUUGAUUCGGUCUCCAUUCGCCAACGGCGCCACGUUCCUCGGAUUCGAGAUGGCCAACCGGUUACUCAACUCCUUCUGACAGCUGCGACUCCUCAGCAUCAGUCCUACGAUUCAUGGCGUAUCGCACCCUGACGACGUGGACGGAGAAAAAUAGAAUACACGCAUCCUUGGUCAGUGCUAUUGAGGAUACCUUACUUGGUGUGGCUAUAAUGGGAUCUAGAGCACAUAUAACCCGUACAUGCAGAGACACCUAUAGAGAAGCUUUCUCAGCUACAUGUGCAACCUCGUCUGCAUGCUUCCGACUUCUACG